AUGGAUAUACGGAAAUGGACUUCAAAUUCAUCCGCACUUCGCGAGCGGUUUCUGUCGGACGAGGUUUCCUACGACAACGCAUCCGAUGGCAACGCAACGAUCAAGGUGCUGGGCUUGUUGUGGGACCGGGACACAGAUAGUCCCACCUUUUCGGUCAAACGAGCACUCACGUUAUCUGCGUCCCAUCCUCCUACGAAACGUACGGUGCUCAAGACAUUCUCGCUCAUCUAUGACCCGCUCGGCUAUCUCGCACCCUUCAUCGUAACCGUCAAGCUCCUGUUUCAAAAUUUAUGGCGCAAGUCGUUGCCAUGGGACGCUGAGUUUGCAACGGAAGAUCUUGUGGUCUGGGAGAAAUGGAAGGCUGAACUGUCAGGCAUCGAUGCGUUGCACCUGUCGCGUAGCGUCUUUCCGCAGAGCAAGGCCCUGCUUGAUGUGCAUUGCUUCGCUGACGCUAGUCCCAAGGCCUACGGCACAACAGUAUACGUUCGCAGCCGCCCCAAUAACGGCACGACUUCUACGCGGUUGCUUUUAGCAAGAGCCCGCCUAGCUCCAUUGAAAGAACUCUCGUUGCCGCGUCUCGAACUGCUGGCAUGCCUGCUGUCCACGCGUCUUUAUCGCCAUAUCUCGACGGUAGAAGCCUUAAAGGUUGCCCCCAUUCACUUCUGGACGGAUUCAAGCAUCGCGCUCCAAUGGAUUCAGUGCGACACGAACACUCGCCCCUCCUUUGUCAAGUCGAUGGUGGCAAAAAUCUUAUCGUCUUCACGACCGGAACAAUGGCGGCACUGCAACGGACGCGACAACCCCGCAGACCUAGUGACCCGCGGCAUCUCCGCCAGGUGCCUACGGAACAGCCCGCUGUGGUUUAGUGAUCCUCCCUGGCUGUCCGCAGGCGAUAUCGGCCCUCCUACAAUUCUAGACCCAAAUGUCAACGACACCUGCACGACGGUGAGCGCUGCACCGGAAGCUCCCGAUACCGAAGUGGUCGUUCAUCCACUGUCGGCCACGCAGAACUGGAUGGAGCUCUCAGCUUACAGCACCCUCUCUCGACUUCUCCGAGUUACGGCUUGGUGCGCUAGGUUCGUCCGCAACAGUAGGCCCCGCCAACCGUGUACAACGGGUCCACUUACGUCCGAAGAGCUUCGACACGCCGAAACCAUAUGGGUCUCACAUGUCCAAACCGAAGCCUUUCGGGACGACAUCUUGGCGAUCAGACACGGCAGCGUUGCUGCGACAUCUUCGUCGGUACGUGUUUUCCAGCCAUUUCUCGACGCCUCCGGAAUACUGCGCGUCGGCGGUCGUCUUCACCAACUUCAAGAUUCGUACCAGAUCAAGCAUCCCAUCCUCCUACCGCCUAAGCAUCGAUUCACGGAGCUCAUCAUACUCGACGCCCACCAGCGCUUGCUACACGCCGGCGUGCAAGACACCAUCGCCGAGGUCCGAAGCACAUUUUGGGUUGUCCGCGGACGGCAAACCACAAGGCGUGUCCUUCGCUCAUGCUUGACCUGCCGCAGACUAAGGGCGCACCUUGAGACAGCCCCAGUGUCACCUCUACCUCGGGAGCGUAUAACGCCGGCAAAUCCGUUCACAGUUGUCGGCGUAUAUUUCGCGGGACCGCUCUAUAUCUCAAGGUCGGCUUCUCCCAAGACGUACGUAGCCCUUUUCACGUGCGGUGUCACAAGGGCCGUCCACCUCGAACUUGUUUCCUCUAUGAGCGUGCCUGAUUUCCUGCUUGCCUUCCGACGGUUCAUCUCUAGGCGUGGGGUACCCUCCCUCAUCUUUUCCGACAGCGCUCGCACCUUUCGCAAAUGCUCGUCCCUCCUCUCCCUGGUUAGCGCAAGAGAUGUACUAUACUUUGCCACCCAGCAUCGCAUCGCCUGGCUAUUCAUUGUUGAGCGAGCUCCUUGGUGGGGAGGCUGGUGGGAACGGCUCAUACGAACUGUAAAGGAAGCCCUAAGACGCUGCCUUGGGAGAAAGCGCCUCACCUUUGAGCAGUUAACUACGACACUCUGUGAAGUAGAAGCCAUCGUCAACUCCCGCCCACUCACGCAUAUUGGAGCUGAUCCCGGGGAGCUUGAGUCACUUACCCCAUCCCACUUUCUGUUGGAGAAACGAGCAGUGGCUUUGCCUGAUGAAUUCGCUGCCAAUGCAUCACGCCAGAACGACCUGCGGCUCAGUUUUCGUGUCAUCAGGCAAGGAAGCAGUUCUGGAAGCGCUGGACGCUCGAAUACCUCCUUCAGCUGCGGUCAGCGCACGCAACCUCCUCACCAGCAGUGUCCGAGACGCAGCUGA